AUGACGCUGCCAAACACCAGCACCGAGGUGCAAGCCUCGAGCGACGCUGCUGAAACGUUUACCACUCAUUACUAUCAGGCUCUCAAUCGACAAACGGACCUUCUACCCUUCUAUAUUAACGCUUCCUCGCGAUAUCCUAUCUCAGCAGAUAUCUCCAUCAACGGUGCCGUUGUCCCCACACCCGCCGACUACAACAAACUCCUCGAAGCCCAAGGCAAAGACGCACAUUACGAGAUCGAAUCAUUCGACGCCCACGUCCUCAACCCGUGUUUCACCAUGGGCGCUCCCGAGAAUAUCUUCGACAACGCCAAGAGGGAACGAACCGGCGACAAGAUGUCCAUCCUCGUGACUGUCAUGGGCAGGGUACAAUACGGCAAGGGCAGAGAGGCGCCACAAAAGAUGUUCAACGAGACCUUUGUGCUGGUUCCCAACUGGGAAUCAAUGGUGAAACUCCCACCCAAGGGCGUCAAGAAGUGGCUCGUCAUGUCUCAGAACUUCCGCGCCUUGUAG